ACAUAUCUUUCUAUAUUACAUUAGUAUUUUAGGUUGAUUUUUUUUAGUUUAAUAUUUUCACUUACAAAGUUGAAAAAAAAGUAUAUUUUGACAAUUCCCCAUGUCUACUCACACACACUCCCCAAUUUCCCAAUAACCCAUUUGGGAAAUCCAAAUUAAAAAAAAAAACCAUUUGGACAAGAACCCAUACCGCAAAAAAACUCACAUGGAUCCGGGUCGAAUCCAUUAAAAAAAACCUGAAUUCCACCUCUCUCUCAACCCCACCUCACCCACCACCAUCCACCACCACAACAAUCCACAUUCUCACCACCCACCCCCUCUUUUAUCCCAUCCAACUCCAAAUCUCUCUCUUCUCCCACAUCCCCCUUCCCCAAUCCACAACAAAAAUGUCCUCUCCCCCCUCCACAACCACACCCACACCACCACUCGAACCGACACUCGAAACACCUCCUCCUCCAUCACCACCAGCAGCACCACCAGCACUACCAGCAGCACCACCACCAAUCAUCCAAGCCCUCUCUUACUCCCCUCUUAAAAAACCCCAACCAAUCCCCUGGUCCCAUGAAGAAACUCUAAACCUCAUCAAAGCCUACCAAGAAAAAUGGUACUCUCUCAAACGCGGUCAAUUAAAAGCCUCUCAAUGGGAAGAAGUCUCUGUCACCGUCGCUGCUCGUUGUGGCUUCGACGAACCUUCUAAAUCCGGCACCCAAUGUCGCCACAAAAUUGAAAAACUCCGCAAACGUUAUCGUGCUGAAAAACUCAAACUUGCUCCUUGUUAUAUUUCAUCUAAUUUCACUCAUCCUUGGAUCUAUUUCUCUCUUAUGGAUCACCUCGAACGUGGCCCUCUUCCUAUCUCUGCUGUUCCCCCUAAUUUCAUCGACAACAACAACAACAACAACAAUAAUAAUCUUGUUGAUAGCGAUGAUGAUGAUGAUGAUGAUGAUGGUGAUGGUGGUGUUGUUAAAUAUGCUAGUUUGGGGAAACUUAGGGAGUUUGAUCAUAAAAGAGUUGAUGGGUUUUCGAAAACGGAAAAUGGGUAUGUGGGUUUGAAUAAGAGGAAGAGUUAUUGGGGAGGGAAUCAAGAAGAUAAAUUAGGGUUUCAGAUGGAGGAGGAUGAGGAGGAAGGAGGUGAUGAUGAGGUGGAGGAGGAGAGAGAAAAUAAGGGGAGUUUGAUGGGUGAAUUGGGUGCUCAAAUGAGGGUGUUUUCUGAGAGUUUUGUCAAAAUGGAGAGGAAAAAGAUGGAGUUGAUGAGAGAGACUGAAAGGUUUAGGAUGGAAAUGGAGAAUAAGAGGAUUCAUAUGAUUCAUCUUUUUCAACACAAGACUGUUGAGUUGAUUUCUAAAGCUUUUAGUGAUGAUUCUUCUUUCAAGAAGAUGAAGAUUAAUCCUGAUUUGUGAUGAAAAUAAAUUUCAAGUUUUUUUUUUUUUUUUUUUUUUUGUGGUAUAAUAAAGAUGAUGUUGGUAAUCUAGUUUUUUAACGAUAGAAUGAAUGGGUAUAUUUCUGUAUGAUUAUUGAAUAUCAAACUUGUAGUAUGCUGCAGUUGAGGAGAAGUUCCCAGAAAUAUAAAUGUUUUUUCACAA